CGAGACGCUCGUGUUCGUGUGCCGUCGAGCUCCAGAUCUCAGAGCAGCAGAGAUGCGAGUCCUGGUCCUGAUGACGUUCACGUCAGCGUGUGCUGCUCUGGACCCAGCGGCACUGAAGGAGGCGAUGGUCUAUCUGAAGCGAUACGGUUAUUUACCUUCAUCAUCCAACGCUGAUCAUCAGGGGAUUCAAACAGAGCAAAUGAAUGAGGCUCUUCGGAUCUUUCAGAAGGUGACGGGUCUCCCUGUGACGGGUCGUCCGGACAGCAGCACUCUGGCCAUGAUGAGAGCAGCCCGCUGCGGCCUGAGUGACUCCUUCAGCCGCAUGCUGAAAUAUCGCAUCCUGGGUCAGUGGCAUAAGAAGAGACUGACGUAUCGCAUUUAUAACCAUCCGCCGGUUCUGGGUUUGUCUGGGACGCGAGCGGCGGUUCGCGCAGCCUUCGGUUACUGGGGUGCCGUCAGUCCGCUUCACUUUCAGGAGGUCAGCGUGGGUCACGCCGACAUCAAAAUCUCCUUCCACAGGAAAGACCAGGGCUGUCCUGUCGCGUUUGACGGACCCGGGCAGGUUUUGGGACACGCCGAAGGCCCAGAGUCCGGCAUAGUUCACUUUGAUGCAGAUGAGAUGUGGACGGAGGGCCGGAGUUACGGAACAAACCUGCGCAUCGUGGCGGCCCACGAGAUAGGCCACGCCCUCGGACUAGGCCACUCCCAGUACCGCAGCGCGCUCAUGGGCCCCGUGUACACGGGAUACCACCACAACUUCAAACUGCACCAGGACGACAUCCGUGGCAUACAGACUCUGUACGGAAAACCUGUGGAAAAACCACCCACUACUCCGAGAAAGCCAGAGCCUUCUGUGCCAGACCCCUGCACCACUGGACUGAACGCCAUCAUGCUGGGGCCUCUUCACAAGACAUUUGCUUUCAGAGGUCAUCACGUGUGGACGCUCUCAGAUUCGGGUUACAACACUCCUGUUCCCAUUAACGCCCUGUGGAAGGAACUGCCCGGCAACAUCGAUGCAGCUGUUCACUCACAAAGAACCAGCAAAUCCUAUUUUCUGAAAGGAGAUAAAGUCUGGAGAUAUUCUGGCUUUAAACUGGACGGCGGCUACCCGAAACGCCUCACCAUUCCCUCCAACAUACACGCCGCAUUCUUCCUCAAGAGCCGCCGGGCGCUCGUCUUCAUCAAGGGAUCACAGUACUGGCUCUGGGAUGAACUUGGAUCAGCUAAACAUCUCCAGCUUUACCCCAAACCUCUCGCUCAGCUCAUCGCUGGUUUGCCCCCGGAUCCGGACGCAGCUUUCAGCGGGACCGACGGACACAUCUACGUGUUCAGAGGCGAGCGGUACUGGCGUGCGAGUCCAGCACUGGUGGUGGAGAAGGGUUAUCCCCGCCGCUCUCGAGAGCUGAUGCACUGCGACGACUAACUUUAAUCAGGGAUUAAAUUCAUGGAUAUUUAUCAUUUCCAUAUCAUGCAUCAAACAGGGCUUCAUUAUCUAUAGUUCAAGGGAUAGUAAAAAUUCUGUCUGUCAUUAAAUACUCUCCCUCAUGUAUU